CUCAUCUUUUGAAUUCGAUUCGCCAGUCAGCCAUCAUCAGCGCAAAGCCAGAGAAGUAUUUUGAGUAUUUAAGCAGCCGCAACACAGCAGCACCGCCUUUAUUGGAAUUAAUUUAUAUAAAGGGAAAAAAGUGAAAGAGCCAGACGGAAUUUGUUGGCAUUGCGAAGUUUUGUCCCUCUUGAUCGUACAAAGUAGUCAGGCGUGAGUUUUAUGGUGCCAGCGUAAUCCCUUGGUGCGAAAAAUAGUUGUAUUUUUUGAGUUCUGCUUGCUACUUUGCCGAUAAAAAGUGCUAAAAAGUUUUCUCUGUAUUGGAAGUAGUAAAAUAGCUGCCGCAACGGAUAGCAGGCCCGUGUGAAGAAGUGUGCGGAAAAUUAUUUUUCUCUGCUACCGAAAAUUGUGAUCCGUGGUGUGUGAAAAGAAGAAGAGCAAUCAGCGGGACCAAAAAUAAAGGAAGCGAAGCGAGAGCUGCCAGUAGUUUCGACCAGUAGUACCAGCAGAAAAGUUCCUCAAAAUGGUUAUCAAAGUGUAUAUCAGUGGAAUGUCUGGAAGCAAGGAGGUGAAAAAACGCCAACAGAGAGUCACAAUGAUCCUUGACAGCAAGCACAUUUCCUACAACAUAAUCGACAUCACUGAGCCGGGUCAGGAAGCCGAGAAGGACUUCAUGCAGAAAAACUCAGAGCACAACGGGGCGACUAUCAGCGAUCAGAACCCGAGACACCCGCUACCUCCUCAGAUGUUCAACGAUGCAGAGUACUGCGGCGAUUACGACGACUUUGAUCUAGCUAAUGAGGUGGACAAUCUGGAGGUGUUUCUCAAGCUUGCAGCCCCCAAACCGCCAGCGGACAGCACCGAGGUGAGCGAAGAACAGCAGAAAAAUGGAACCGGCGACGAACAGGACCAAAGCCAGGUGACGGCGACGGAGGCCUCGGCAAAUGAUGAUGAUGAGAACAAAGAAAACAAGACUGAAGAGGGAGCGAAUGAGAGCAAUGUCGAAGCGAACGGUAAAGGCGAGGACAAAAGCGACAGAGAGGAGGAUGAAAAGGAACAACAUGUUGAAGAAUCAUCGACAGAUGAGCCCGAUCAACAGCAAUUGGCAUUAGGUGAAGGUAAUGAACCAGUAGAAAAAGGUGAUGAAUCAGACAGACAGUUGAUGGACGAAACGGUGGAUAGCGUUUCACAUGAUAAAGUCGGUGAAGAUCCAGAAGCAACAGAGGCAGUAAUCGACGAUGCGGAAUCAAUCCACAGCGAUACUAAGGAAGUAGAUGCUGUGGUGGAACAGGUAGAGAUCGACAAAGAAGUUGUUGUGGUGGAACAAGCAGAGAUCGUCCAGAAGCAAUUAGAACGCGUCGGAUCAGACGAUCAUAUGGAAGUCGAUGAAGUUGGCCAAACGAGCGCACCACAAUCAUCAUCAAAAGUAUCCGCUGGUGAUUCUCCAGGCACCGAUAAAGAAGAAGACGAGAACCUAUUUAGUACAACACAUGAUGUAGAGACUGGACAGUCGGAUGAUGUAUCGGAAAGUGAAGAUAGUAGCGGUGAACCGUCGGAUAGUGAUGAUUUAGAUUCCGUGAAAGAAGUUAUAAGCCCCACGGUGCAAAGUGGCGCGGAACUGUUCUCAUUUAUGCAAGAUGGAACAAAUCAAGAUGAUCCAUCGCUGGAUGAUGGCAGGAUACAGAAAACUUUGGAAUCAAAGGAAAAUUUUAGUGGAGAGCCUGCCACCGAAGUGGAUGAUGAUGCGGAACAGAGAGAACUUUUGAAGGCUGCUGCUGCCAUGGGUAAACGAGAAGACGAAGAGGACGCUAAUCCGGAGGAUGUGGACCUGGCUGAAGAGGAGGAGGUAUCCGGAAAACUGGCAGACGCUGAUGACCCCAUGCUUGCCGAACAGGAACAGGAAGAGUAAAUUGACGAUCUUUUAAGUGAAACCGCAUUCACCAUCUGUGCCAAACUCACCAUCGAGGUUCCAAACAACGACACUGAAUUAGAUUUGGUCUAUUUCCAUGGAUAUUCGAACUAAGAUUUCUCUUCUACCAAAUAUCUUUAGAACUAUGAGCAAAUCUUUUGAACUCGAAUCCCGCCCGAACUCUGUAUUUGUAUCUAUACGAACCAAAGCAAAGUACUGUUAAGUUGAACAAAAGCAUUAAUAAGACCAGAUUUUAGGAAAUAAUCAUAGACUUUAGCAUAAACUACCACUUCUCUGGUUGGCGAGGAUGAAGGAAAUUGUUACGAAAGUUUACUAAUUCGAAUGGCCGACUCGUAUCAGAUUUAGAAGCUAGUUAGUGAUUCUCUUGCCCUUUGGCGAAGAGUAACAGAACUCGAGGUUUGUUCACUCGAAAGAUCACAAAACUAAGUGAAGUAAGAAUAACAACGCAAUAAAGCAAUAAAAAGUUGAAAUAAGACUACAGUGUGGACUGUGUAAAGGUCUGGAUAUCCUUCCGAAAAAUAAACGUAACCAAUAACAAGCUUUUAA